UGGGCUACAGUAGAUAUUCUGUUGGUUGUUGUUUGUCUUUCAUUUAUCUAAGUGCUAAAAGGAAUCCAACCAACAGUGUUCCAUCAGGUGUUUUCCCUACUGCAUUGCUGUCUUACAAGGCUUUCUGAUCAAGUAAAGUUAUAAGUUGGGUGGUCAUGGAGUGAGAAAGUGGCCACCAUCCCCCCCUUCAUCAUCAAUCCAAAAGAGACAUAAAAACCCCACAAGUCACACAAAAAGUCUGAAAAGGAAACAGACAUAAAAUAGAAGGGAUCUAUAAUCCUUGCAAGGAAGAACCAGAUACCAAGUUCCUUGAAGGAAAAAAAAAAAAAAAAACCAAAAGAAAAGCCAAGUCAUAUUUAUGCAACAGAGGCAGUUAAUAUAAGAAGAACAGAAGCUAGUAAGUUCAGCUAUGUACCUUGUUUCCUCCUACAAGUUGAUGGGUUUAUCUAGUGUUCAUAGUGACUACAGGGUCUGAGAUAAAUUGACCUAAUGCCAAGGAAAUGGGGAAGAAGGGAAGUUGGUUUGCCGCAUUGAAAAGGGCAUUAGCCCCAAGCUCCAAAGAUAAGCCAACCAAUGUUUUGGAGAAAAGAAGCAUAAAGGAGAAGAAAAAGUGGGGAUUUGGGAAAUCAAAACAUGGAGACGUCAAUUCCUUCAUCCCCCUAUACAGAGAGCCAAGCAGCAUUGAAAAGAUUUUGGGAGAUGCUGAGAUGGAGCAACAGCAACAGAGAACAACACAUCAAUUGGCCCCCGAAAAGAUUGAAAUUGACAAAAAGGACAAUAUACAGUAUGUGUCUCCUAAGAAAAUUGAGACUCAGAAAGAACAACACCAUAGAGAACAUCAAGUUCCUCCUAAGAAAGUUGAUAGUGGGAGGGAGAGGCAGUACAGGGAGAGGCAGAAUAGAGUACUCCAUCAAGUUUCCAGUGAGAAGGUUCAGAUGUACAAACCAAGACCGAGAAUAACCCCAACUCAUGCACACAUUUCAGCAACAAAAAUCCAAGCAGCCUACAGAGGUUAUCUGGCGAGAAGGAAUUAUCGGGCGUUAAAAGGACUGAUAAGACUUCAAGGGGUAAUGAGAGGGGUGAGCGUGAAGCGGCAAACAAUGAACACGAUGCGAUACAUGCAGGCACUCGUGAGGAUCCAAUCACAAAUUCAUGCGAGGAGGCUACAGAUGAUGGAGAUCAGAAGCCAUAAGCAGCAGCAUAUGUCACAAUCAAAGGGUGAAAGGGAGACAGAAAGCACCUUUGGAAAGUGGAAUAGUAUCGCUUACCAAUUGGAAGCCGAAGGGCACAACGGAUGGGAUGAUAGCAUACUCACAAAGGAGGAGGUAGAAGCCAGAACGAGGAGAAAGGUGGAGGCAGUGACUAAGAGGGAGAGAGGCAUUGCCUAUGCUUACUCCCACCAGCCGCCACAGAGCUCCAUCCCCGCCCAGGCCGCCACCGCCACCCUCCUCCACUCCGGUCACCACCCAUGGCGGUGGGCCCAUCUCGACCGCCACCUCCCCACACCCGACCCCCACCCCUCCCGCGCCACUCCUAACCCUAACCCUAACCCUAAACCUAAUUCCGCUACCCCUCGCCCCGCUUCCGUCGCCUCCACCGUCACCACGGCCAGAAUGUGGCCCCAUCCGCCGUCGAGGCGCACCACCGCCGCUGCCGCCGCCGCCGCCGUGAGGGACGACGAUAGCCUAACGAGCUGCCCCCCCUUCGGCGUCCCCAACUACAUGGCGCCCACCGCCUCCGCCAUGGCCAGGGUAAGGGCCCACCACGCCGACCACCACCAACUCCGCCGCCGCGAGGAGAAGCGGCGGCGCCCUUUCUCCUUCGCGCGCUGGAUCGGCGGCGCGAAGGAGGCGGCGGCGCCACCCUCCUCCUCCUCCACCUCCGCCAUCGCCGCCGCCGCCGCCGCCGCCGCGGCGGAGGGGAGGAGGGGGAAGCACCGCUCGACGCUGUCGAUUAGCGGGUUUAGUGUGGAUUCGACCGUUUCCUUACCCGCCGGGGUCGGGAGGCGGCCGUUUAAAUAGUAGGGUGCUGAAGGUAAAUUUCACUGCCACUCCCUAAACUUUUAUUCAAAUAUCACUUUGGUCCUUAAAUUUUUAAUUUGGACAUCUAAUAUUUCAAAUAGUUGAGGAGAGUUUUAUUUUAAUCAUUAUCUUUAUUUGCUGUUGGAGUUAUUAUAUGCGUCUCACUGGAUACAUAUUUUCGGACAAUUUGCAUCAUCUGGUAUUUCAAUUUCAAUCGUCUACAAAAUUUGUAAUUUAUUUGUGGUUGAGAAUCAGAUAAUUGAAUUAAAGUACGAGAUAGAUGAAGUGUGAAUGGAUUCAUGAUAUACAGAUGCAUGGAUAUAUCACAUGCAGAUGAUAAUUUUUUAAUUUUUUUCUCCAACAGUAGGUAAUAUAAUGACUGCAGUGAAGCUUUUUCUAAAAAUUUGAGUGUCAAAUAUCCAAAUUAAAAGCUUAAUGACUCGAGUAAAUCUGAUUAAAAGUUCAGGAGAUAGUAGUGGUGGUUGUUUACUAAAAAAACUUCUUUACCUUUUUGAGAUUGUUUUUUUUUUUCUUUUUUUGUGUUUAUUUGGGAUUUGAUUGCUUUGAUUGCUUUGUUGGAUUGAUACAAAAGAUGUUGUUGAAACUCAAGUGAGGAGUGGAUGGAUGUUUUAACUGCAUUUUGGUGAUUAGUGAACCUGGCCUUUUAUA